CUGUCCUUGGAGCUGAUGAACACAAUUGGUUACCAGUGGGACACGCGAGUCUCAGCCCUCGUAGUGUCACGUGCUGGUGCAGGAGGAGGAUCUGUCAUCAUUCACAAUUGCACUUUGCAAGUAAAGAGCACUGGUAUGAUGUCAGAAAUUACCCAUCAGCUUGAAUUAGGAUGUCACAAUGGUACUUCCCACCAGGGUGGCUAUUCCCAUGCUGCAGUGGUCCAUGCCCUGCAGAGAUGUGGCAUUCGUCACAUUGACACAGCAAAGAGGUAUGGCUGUGAAUCCCUGCUCCAAAGGGCCAUCAGAGACAGUGGUGUGAAGCGAGAGGACCUCUGGAUAACCACCAAACUGUGGCACAGUGAUUAUGGCUAUGAAAACACAAAAAAGGCCUGCCUGGAGUCAUGUGAAAGACUUGGUGUUGAAUAUCUUGAUCUUUAUUUGAUUCACUGGCCUGAUGCACAGGUUCCGGGUAAAAGCAAUCGAGAGGUCCGAGCUGAAACCUGGAGAGCGAUGGAAGAGCUCUAUGAGAAAGGUUUGUGUAAAUCAAUUGGCGUAAGCAAUUUUCUUAUCAGCCAUCUUGAGCAACUAAAGGAGGACUGUGUGAUUACACCACAUGUUAAUCAGGUUGAAUACCACCCUUUCCAAAGACCUCAGGAGCUGGUUGAUUAUUGUAGGAGCAGAGAUAUUGUUUUUGAAGGCUACUGUCCUUUAGCCAAAGGUGAAGCACUCACCCAUCCCACUGUCAUUCAGCUGGCAAAGAAAUAUGGCAGAACUCCAGCACAGAUUUGCAUACGCUGGAGCAUACAGAAUGGGAUUGUCACUAUUCCAAAGUCAACAAAGGCAGAACGGAUAGAGGAAAACUGCAAGGUGUUUGAUUUUACAAUAGCAGAAGACGAUGUUGAAAUUCUGAAUGGAAUGCAUGAUGGGAGACAUGUUUCCUGGGAUCCAAGUUUUAUUGUGUGAAUCAAGCCUCCAGUAAGAUGUGUACACACUGGAAAGAAGGUGCUGAGUGCCCGGCCUGUGUCCCGGUGCUGUACCGUGUGUCCCUCUGCAGGGUGAGGCCGGAGCUGUGGAUGUGCUGCUCCGAGGGGCCCGGCAGGGACCGGCUGCAGCAGAGCUCUCUGUGCCCAGGUGCCGUGGGUGUCAUCCUGGCCAGCCACUGCCCUUUGAGAAACCUUCUGUAGCUGAACUUCUAGUAGGAAGUUCAAGAGUAUAUUAGCAGUUUUAUCAUCCUUUAAGGGUUGCUCCAUAUAUUAAAGUGUGUUAGACUUUUGGGUACAAUGAUAUCCAUGCAAAUUGCAUGUCACUUUCUCAACUACUUCAAUUCUUUCCCUUCAGACUUGAGCUUUUCCUAAUAAUAUAUUCAGCUUAGUGGGCUAAAAAUAAAGUGCAGAUUCUCACAAAAAUGACAUAAAACCAGACCAUCUAAGCUAUAGAAUACUAAUACUGAAAAAAUAUGUGUUCUUUAAUCUUUGCAAUAUUCUUGU